CAGCUCGCCAGCCAGCACGACAAAUCGCAACCACCAAAAACCACUUCAAAAUGUUCAAAUUCUUCGCUUUGUGCCUGUUCGCCAUUGUGGCCUGUGUCGCCGCCAAGCCCGCCGUGGUGGCUGCCCCACUGGCCUACAGCGCCUACACCGCUGCACCACUCGCCUACAGUGCGCCCUACACCGCUGCCUACACCGCCGCUGCCGCCUACCCGUACUCCGCUUAUCCCUAUGCCGCUGCAUACUCCGCCUAUCCCUAUGCCGCCUACUACCGCUAAGCGCACCACUGAACCACGUCAACCACGACCAGCCAGACCUGAUAUCGUAUUUGGAUCCUGAUUUUAGUUAACUUCACGCAAUUU